AUGGUGUCUUCAAGUGUUGGGCCUGCUUGGCUAUCUUUGCCUUCAUUCUCAUGGAGUUCCUAUAUGCGCUGGCCGACGGGUUCCUGGAAGACCAGCUCGAAAUCCAACUCCAACUCAGAUAACUCUCAAUCCAGCAUGGAUGACCAGAACCUUCAAGACGCUCGGUCCGACAGCUCCAGCUCGCCUCCAACUCCGUGGAGCAGCCCUCUGGGCAGCCUCUCCUCCACGACACUCAGCCCAAUGACGUCGUCAUUGCCGUUCCACGAACCGGAAAGUAAAGUUCAUACUGAUGGCAUCAGGUCACACUCGACCGUUUCACGCGAGGGUUACUGUGUGGCCAAGUCUGCGGUGGAUAUUAUGCAAGGUAUUGAAAGCAAGAGGAACAACUUUUUCACGGCCAUAAAAGACAUCGUCCUUCCACUUCUGGGUGACAAGGGGCAAUUCUAUCAAAACAAGGAGACGUGGACUGCCACUGUGCGACCAUACAAACCGUUGAAUCCACAGCCUACAGGACUUCAAGCUCAACUGAAACCGUACCAGCUUCGAGGGCUGUCAUUUCUAUUGUAUCUCCGAAACAACGGCAUUGGUGGAAUCCUCGCAGAUGAGAUGGGCCUAGGGAAGACUAUCCAGACCCUUGCCCUCUUCCAGUGCAUCAAGAGGCACGAUAAUACUGUGCGACUUGAAAAGCCUGGUCCGUUCUUGAUUGUCUGUCCAUUCAGUGUGAUGGAAGUUUGGCUUUCAGAGAUAAACAAGUGGACACCGGAGCUCACUUCUAUCAAGUUCCACGGAACACCGAGCAAAAAGGAGGCAGUCAAGAAGAUUCUGACUCCUGCCAGAGGUAAAAGCCGGAGGAGUUUGACACCGGCGGUGGACAUUGUUAUAACCUCCUACGAAACGUUGACCUCAGACAUCAAAUGGUUCCGAAAGUUCGUAUGGAAUUAUGUGGUUCUUGAUGAGGGCCAUCGCAUCAAGAAUAACCAAUCGCACAGAGCCCAAACCAUUCAAAGUAUCAGGGCUGAAUACAAGCUCGUCCUCUCGGGAACCCCAAUACAGAACAAUUUAAGGGAAUUGUGGUCAAUCUUCCAUUGGCUCUACCCUGAUGUCUUUGUGCCGUCUACGUCAGAGCCGUUCGAAGAGGCAUUUUCGCUCAGAGACGGGAAGUUCGAUCCCAAAUUCUUCGACCAAGUCCAAAGCUUCCUCGGCCUAAUCAUGCUCCGCAGAGUUAAGGAAUCCCCAGAAGUAGGGCUUUCAAUUCCACAGAAGACAGAUACAGUUUUAUCAGUACCUCUGUCAGAGUUUCAACAAAAUUCCAUUCAAGGCGGAUAUGGGAGCAUCUCAUUCGGCCAUAAGCGUGAGAUGAGCAAACACCAAAAGUCUAAUAUGAUGUGUGAGCAGAAUGAUGGUUUCAAUGCUGGCACAUCCGGGCUAUCUUCAGCAAAGCACGUUGAAAAGAGAAAGUACAGAAUAUUGAGCAAUAUCCUCAUGGAACUACGCAAGUGUUCGAUCCACCCGUAUCUGUUGGAUGAUGCGAUUCCGGAUCCUUACGAACUCGGAGCACAUGUUAUCACAAACUCUGGAAAAUACAUUGUGCUCCUUAAAAUGGUCCAGCAUUUUGUGUUAAAGAGAGGGAAGAAGAUAGUCAUAUUUUCGAACUUCAAUCAGGCUUUGAAUCUUUGUGAGGAUCUUCUGUUGACUAUCCAGAGGAACGGCGAUCCUGUGAGAUAUGUUCGAUUAGACGGAAGCACAUCUAACGCACGACGGAACCUCUCGAUUUACCUCUUCCAGAAGGAUCCCAGAUACAUGGUCUUUCUGAUUUCGAUAAGGGCUGGCGGCGAGGGUCUCAAUUUAAUUAGUUCCUCAACGGUUAUCUUCUUGGAUGAAGACUGGAACCCCCAAGUUAUGCGACAGGCUGAAGCGAGAGUCCACCGAAUGGGACAGAAUCACCCGGUGAGUAUCUUUAAGCUCCAGUCAAAGGGCACAGUGGAAGAACAGAUCAGCCGUCGCAUUGUCAAGAAAGCAUAUGUUGCCAGUAAAGUCAUGGAGGAUAUGACUGCAGCGCAUGAUAUGAAAGCAUUUGCAAAUAUGAUUGAUUCUCGGGGACUAGCCUACGCAAUGGAUACGGAGGACUUGUCUGCGUUAGUCCGCAGUCGAGCAGUUUUAACGUCUAACCAGUUGGAUGCAACAGAAUUGAGCUGGUUCAACUGGAAAUCAAUCCUCAAUUUAUGUGUUAGCAACCAGUCUAUUGAGCUAAACGGGAAAAACACCGCUAUCGAUGUACACCAAGAAAAGGCUUGGCUGGCGCGCUCGGAGCGAGUCAAAACCAAUAUUUUCGACGGGAAAAAGGUCGACACAAGAUUCAGAUCAUUUUCCAUCUAUGAAGCUUUGCCUACGGAUCUUUGUCGAGCAGAUAGACGCAUUGGAAAGGAGCGGACUGUUAUAAUCGACGGCUUCUCCGUGGGAAAGGAUAGUAUCCGACUCGAGAGCCUAUCCAGCAAGAGAUGUCCAAAUCUGUCGCAGACGGACCUGAAGGAGAAAAUGACGCACGAAGCUGCAUGUUUUCUCUGCCGGAAGUUCAACCCUCAAGAGUGCGAUCUUUGUCCACUGGCAUUCCACAAAGAGUGUCUCGAGUCGAUAGGCAAGAUGCGCCGCAGGUGGGCUCUUGUACUGCUGUACAACUUGCUAUAG